GAUAUCUUCACACUCUUAUGAGAAGCUCUUGAAUUUGAACUCUUUAUCUUAAACAGGUGAAUACCUGUGAAAACAGUGCACGGAGAUACAUAUAACAGAUUUCAAAUAAAAGAAAUAAGAAAUUUAGCAGGAAAAGGAAAAAUCUCAGGUAGCAGGUUGUUUUGAGUCGCGGACAAAGAGGUAUGUGUGCACAUUUUUCACCAAACAUUUUAGAGAUGAAAGUUAGGAAUUCUUCAUAGCAUGUACGCCAUUUAAACGAUACAUAUCGUGUUACAUUGCUUUGACGACUAAGUGAUUCUUCUAGUGUUUACAUCUCGCUUGAUACUGAUAUUACUUCGAUGAAAACGAUGCAGUUUUCGUUUCUUUUACUUUUGAUGUAGUAAGAUUGACACAGUGAAAUUUCCAUUCGUUUCAAAGGCUUUGUUCUGAGUGUGACACUUGAACAAGUCAAGAGGUGAACAUUGAAAUUUGAUCUUCGACAAUUGAGGGUAUGAAAGCUUGGAGUCUCAACGUCUGUGUGCUUCCCUUCCUCUUAGGUAUGUAAUUCAAUACUAGCUACUCUAAACAAUAAAUCGAAAGUUUGAUGAAGCAAUAGUUAUGAUAUACGACUGUGGCUCUAAUUUUGGGUCUCGACGAAGUCUUUUUACAAUGUAAAGCAGUUUAAAAGUCUCAUUUGUUUUUAACUAGUACGCUUAUCGACCUUCAUAGCCUUCCAAAACACUUCAUAAGUCAACUUUUGUUGCCGUUAAACGUCUUUUGAUUACUCUGGUUUUACCUAUUUCCUUAAGAUCUCGCCAGUUCUUGUUAAAAGUAAAGUACUUUCUAAACAUUCAUAACUGAGGUUGUAUGCACUAUUUACACUCUGACCAUGCCAUCGUCCAUAUGUUUUUGUUGUGCUUGUGUUAAAUUGUGACUUAGCCGGUUGCACAUAUGCUAAACCAUAUCUGCAACUUUUUGUGAGUUCUUACAAUGUCUAUCUUAAAACUUAAUGGAAAUUCUUAUAAUCGUUGUUGUUUCUUUGGUCAAAUUUCAAGAUAGAUUCAUUGUUUUUAUUAAAAUAAUCCCUUAUGAACUCACCCAGUUUUUUUUUUUUGCACGUUUUUCCAUUUUUAGUUCAGGUUUACGCUUACGACGCCUCAAAAAACGAGAAAAGAGAGAAUCUUGGUUUUCGACCCGUGCACUUCGCUGCAGUUGGUCUGCCUCUAGGGGACACUCCAACCGGCAAUGGAGCAGCGCCAAAAACAGGAGCUUUUAAAAUCGAAGAUGGAAACGUUGUCGGUAUGUACGCAGUGAAAUAGCAAAAUGUCUCAGCGCUCGUCGAAAAAAAAUUAAUAUGAUAAAAUUAAACGUGCUUCAGUUUCUAUCGAGAGUCUUGGCUAUUGUCUUUGACAGAUGAGUUAUGCGCACCAAGUCAUGUAAACCACAAUGAAAAAAAUAUUCCUCCAUUUCGUAGGCGCUGGUACGUAUGAGUUUGAACCGGAUGGUGUCGAUGUCGAUCUCAGUCUGAAAAUAUCGAACAAAGCGCCUGGAGCAUCUGGAGGACCUGGGGCAGGCGGUGGACCAGGUGCAGGCGGCGGAGGACCUACUACAAGUCCUGGAGCAGGCGGUGGACCAGGUGCAGGUGGCGGAGGACCCACCACAAGUCCUGGCGCCGGUGGAGGACCAGGAAGCCCGAAGCCAGUGCUUUGUCCUGUACCUUGCUCACAAACUAAACCAACUAAAUCAAGUAAACCAACUCAGGUACCUCCUACCAGUGGAAGUACAGUCCCUGGUGGCGUUACACCGGGUAGCAGCACACCGGGUGGCACCACGCUCGGUGGUGCUGCACCGACUGGAGGAGAAGGAGGAGUAGUACCCACAAAAGGAAGCACUGGACCUACAGCUGGAGGAGGAGCUGCCACAACACCAGCAGGUGGUGGUGGUGGAGGUAAACGGGUAUUCUUUUUUUAACCUCUGCUUAUUUUUCUCCAAUAUUGAGGGCCCUCGGUAAUGUAUCGUUCUAGUUCAUUUCCGGCUUCAAACAUUAAAACGAAAACACCUAAACCCUAAAAUGGAGAAGUGUAUUUGUACUAAAUUUUACCAAACCUUUUUAUCCAAUAUUCAUAAACAUCCUUCCUGAGGCAGUAAAGCCUCAGUAAACAUGAAAGAUUCGGAGCUUCUACGUUUCCAAAGUGUCUCUUCAGCUUUCAGAGAGGUACCGAGAGGCAUGGGGAGAUAUGAAAGUAUAACAAUAAAAAUGAAUAUGAAGAUUACCAGAAAAACAAACGAAUAAAUAAUAAGUGAAUGCAAACUACGGAGAAUCCCUUUCUAUUCCGUAAUUUCUGCCCAAAGGUACAACUCAGGGCGUUACUUUCUGAUGCUUUUAAGGAUUAGACGAAGAACAAGCAUUGAGCAAACAUAACGAAUAUCGAAGAAGGCACGGUGUUCCAGAAAUGAAGCUUAAUGCUGAGAUGAGCCAGCAAGCAGCAGCAUAUGCCCAAAAAAUUGCGCAGAUGGGUGCACUGAACCACGCCUCACGAGCAGAACGAAACAAUGACGGGGAAAAUCUAUCCAUGGGUUGCGAUAGUAAUGGUCAAACAACAGCUGAAGCUACUACGAAUUGGUAAAAAAAAAAAAAACAAGCAUUUUCCAAUAUGUAAGCCAGUAUGUUGAUUUUUCGGUUAAUUCCUUUGCAAAUUUCAGCAAUCAGUGGGUUUGUUAUCCGGUUGUACGGCCAGACUGGUCAGAAGACUCUUUGAAAGAAAUCGCCAGUUGGUUUAAAGGGUAGUGAAUCAGUCGUUCAGUAAGUCAGCUAGCUCUGAGACAGUAUGAUGGUCUAUCGGUCAGUCAGUGUAUCAGUUUGUCAAAAAGUCAGUCAAUCAGAUUAUAUUAGUAUUCAUGAUCAAUGGAUUGAUCAGUUGACGAGAUCAUGGGAAAAAAAUCAUUUUUCAUACGUGCAGUAUUUUUUCUUGAGUAGUCUUCCGUACCAGUAGAAAUGCUAUAAAGGGUGUACAAGAAAAUUAGACUUUUCACACACCGGCGCUGAUCAAUAUUCCUUUUCUUUUUCUUAUCUAUGUUUUUAUGCAAAGGUACAACGAAGUCUGUAAAUAUGGUUACGCAUUUGGCCAACCAAGUGGUACGGGAGGAACGGGCCACUUUACCCAAGUUAUUUGGAAGGAAAGCGUCGAGCUCGGAAUUGGAAAAGCAGACAUAGAUAAGAAUGGAAUGAAAUGUUCUUACAUUGUAGGUCGCUAUAGACCCGCUGGAAACAUGGUGGGAGAUUACGCUGAAAACGUACCUAAAGGCUCCUUUGAUAAGGCCAAGGACUGUACAGCGGAGAAAAGGUCGAUUCUGCAUUACUUGGCGCCACGCUCAAAGAUACACCAAAAGAAGCGGGCAAGAAAAUCCCACAAACACGAACACUGAUAAUGUGAGUGCAGAGGAGACAAUGCAGAUAAAGAAAUGCCGGGUGCAAGAAUCUUAGCCUUCUUGUUGAACAUAAGAAAUAAAAUAAAUUUAGAGAAUCGUAUACCUAGAGCUGGGGAUUGGGGAGCGGUACUUGCCCAUGAACUCGGCUCCUUUUUUUCAAAUUUUUCCAUCUCCGUUGGUAAACAGGAUGGCAGCGAAUACGACCCGUUAAGCGGCUUCCAACAAAUUUUUAAAAGUUAUUUGCAAGGAAGCCCGAAAUUCCUCUUAAUCAAAGAAAAAUGACUCCACAGUUAAAAGAUCCAACCCCACAAGCUUAUAGUUUGUACUUUCCGCAUCAACAUUUUCUGUGGUUAUCAUUAGGUUUGCACCACGACCAACCGUCAACCCUUCGCCGAAGCAAUGAUGUAGGGCUAACGCUCGAAACUUCAGCUUUUAAACUCUUUACGAUGGCCAACUUACCCCUUUCAUCCAUUUGCUCUUUAUUUGAGUUUACUAAAUUUGAUCACUUCAGGGGUAGUCACGAAUCAGUCUUAAACAUGUCACAGACAAAAACCUUUUCACCUCUCAAUGACUUCCGAAAGAAAUCCCCCAGAUACUGUCACUGAUAUCAGUUGGUCCUUUUCAGGGCAACCUCUCACCCGAUACUCAUAAGAACAGGGUGGUCCGUGGCAGCCCAUGCUUCCCCACCUUUUUGGAUGACAUCAAAGACGACAAACGCGCAGGUCUCAUUGUGCUUACUAUUUACGACAAUGAUGAAAAAAAAAAACCUAGCUUUUAGGUAACCUCAAAGUGAGAAGGUAUAUCUUCGGAAGAGAGUCCAAAAUGUGAAAAAUGGCGGAAAAAAAGAACGAAAGAGGCGAGUUUAAUCUCGAAAAUUCUCCGGGGGAAGAUGCCACCAGAGUCACCGACGGCUCAUUAAAAUACAAUACGAACAAUCCGGCCUAAAGGCCCCUCGCUUCAAAUUCGCUCUCACAGGCCGGCACCUAAACGAUCGCACUCUAAAGCAAAAACCAUCUAUUGCAUAAAUUGUGGCGUUUUUAAUAUUGAACUCCUUUGUUAUGUUGUGCGAGUUUGUCGCUUUCCUAUCCAAACAAGUCAGGGUCAACCAGUCAAAUAACAGCAAGAGUCAUCUAGAAUGCUCUGUUUGGACAACCUGUAACCAAAACACUUUACCGUAAGCACAAGCUUGACUUUUCCCACGAGUGUGGCAAAGAAGAAAUUUUCAUUGAUUUUGGUCUGCCUUGUAGAAAAGACGGACUUCAUAAAAGAAGUUGAUGACGAGAAAAAUUUCUACUGAUUGAACUGGUCGACAUUUGACUUACGGUGGUAUUUCUUUGAUAGCAACGUAACUGCAGGUACGACAUAAUUCGACCUUACUGAAAUGAAUGAGGAGUUGUGAUAAACAUUUGUUCAACAACUCUGGCAUUGAGGGGUCGAUGAAGUUUUAUCGAAGUAGUUGACUUUGUAAAUUACACGAUGUUUUCUUUCCUUAAUAGAAAACCAGGAAGUUAUGUCACUUGAGGGGGUCCCCUGAUUAUUUCGUGUAAGGCAAACAAAAAUUAUGUUUAAUUUGUUAUCAGACAAGUCUAUCUGUCAAAGGCCACACUAGGGUACUGAAGUCAUUUAUACGUUGUUUAAAACGUAUUAGAUGAUUCUGUUAAGCAAAGUCAUUUUUCCUGUAGAUUCCAUCACCGCCUCUAUAAACAGCCAUGAUAAGAUGAAAACAUUGGUUAGAAAUAGUGGUAUUUGCUAUACUUUAUAGGUUUAUUUAUAAGUGGGGCGAUGUAAGACUCUAUUCAUGCAACAGUUCUGAUAAAUUGUCCUGCAGUUUUAUUUUAAGCCCAAACUGUUGAGAGAAAAGUAAGUAAAAGCGAUACCCGCUUAACUGCGCAGGGUGGCAGUUUUUCCCGCCAACAGGUGGCCGAAGCAAGGUCAUGCCUACAACAAUAUCGAGAUGAUAAACUCAAAAUGGCGUCCGUCCAUGAUUCAUGAUUACAUUGUUCCAGCAAACGUUGAAAUACCCAAGACGGAAAUGUAAGUUUGACAAGAGACCUUAUCCUUUCUAACUUUUCCAGGAAUACAAAGCAAAUAUAAUACCAUUCUCUGAGAAGUUCGGGAAUUUAAACUUCCGGGUAUUCCUCACGGUAGCAUGGGAGGAAUAUUAUGGACCAUUUCAUUGCUUGCUGUCUUCACUUUCGCCAACGGACAAAACUAUGGAGCCUAUGGAGGUGAGAUGACCUUUUUUUCCCAGUAAGAAAUCCCAUAUUCAGCUUUAAUCAUCAAAGCUAAGGGCAAGUGUAGACAACUUAACCACGCGAGGUUAUUGAACCGUUACGAAAAGGGAACUGUCAAAUUUGUGUCAAGAACUGAAUUCAUGACAAAGUUGAAGCUGUUGUAUGGUUAUAGCAUUACAUUUAGACUUAAAAUGUAUUGAUGUUGAUACGUUGAUCGUGAAAUUUUUUUUCCCCGACAGAAGCUAAAGUUCUCUGAGUUGCAUAAAUUAUUAAAGACACGUACUUAGCGGAGGCGUAAACUUUUAAAGUUGAUCCUUCGACAGGUCUGUAUUAUGGCGAAAUGGACAAAAAUUUCUGCAGGCUUCGUUAACCACAGACAUAAAUCACUUGCACGCACCAUUUUAUUAUUUAAAGUAAAACCGAUAGCGUUAUAUACUCAGAACUGCCCGUACAGCCUUCGGCAGCUUAAUUAGAUUAGCCAAUUCCAGUCCUAUUUUCCUUUUUUUCUCUCCAGGAUAUCAGUAUACACCACAAUAUCCACCUUAUUACAAAAUGGCGCCCGUCUACAGCUGGUACCAACGGGAUUCAAAACCAACACCUGCUGUGGAAAUGGAACCGAAAUCUCAAGGUAAGAUAACUCUUUCCUCGAGAGUUUUUGGUUUGAGACUCCCAUUCAGUUCACGACCUUAGGUGGACAAAGUCAAAAAAGGAUCGUAACGCUUGUCUGUCUAAAACAAAACCCAAGCAAAAUAGCCCUUCCUUUUUUUCUGUCCUCUUCUGUCCUGUUCGUGUUUUAAUGAGUUUUCGCUAAUACCUACACCGACACCCCUCCCCCAAGAAGAAAACCUAAAAAAUGAUUUUUUUGUCAAUAUUUCUGAAAGCCUUCCAGGUUUCCUUGCCUUCGAUAUAUAUUUUUGCUCUGAUUAUCAAAACGACAAUUGCCGUUGCAGAAAUCAAUGUUUUCCUGAUGUCCCUUGUAAACUCUCUGACGAUUUUCUUUUAUCAUAAAAUACCUUAUAUCUUCUAGAUAUUACUCCGUUCGAAGUGCAAGGACUGUUGUAUCACAAUCUUCAUCGCAAAGUGCAUGAAACUCCAGAUCUUCGACUUGACCACGAGUUAAGCCUUCAGGCUGCAAGAUAUGCCCAGCAAAUUGCCCAAAGGUUAAGCGUAAAACAUUCUCCAAUUUCAAGCCGACCGGGGCAGGCAGAAAACAUCUUCUUACGCUGCAAAGCAUUCAGUACAGGAGUGUCUGCGUUUGAAGCAGUCCGAGAAUGGUAAGAAUUACUUAAGUGAUUAUGCGCAGAGGAAAUUUUUUUUCAUCGCUAGUGACACAAGUUACUAUUUCGCUCUUUUUCACCCCUUUUUUCAGAUCUCCUACCAAGGUAAAGUAGGGUUAUUAGGAACAUUUGCGUUCUUACUUCUUAUGAUACCAUACAGAGUCGUUUUAGUUGUUGUGUUUGCAUAAGGAGAAAACUUUCAAUUUCCUAAGGAGCUACCAUGGUAAAAAUCCUUAUGUACCGCACGGCCGUGCAUCCAUAUGAUGACGUGCGCAGUUUCACUUCGGCUUUAAGUCCAAUCGAGUUUAGCAGCGAGGUUUCCAAAAUUUCAAGACUGUUUUUCCGUUCCUGAAUAAUACAAGUUUCAAAAAAACGAAAGGGAUGUGGCUCUUUCACGCGACGAAAUUAGUUUGGAGUUGAUGAUACUUCAUUGAAAAUACUCAAGAAGCUAGAGGUGGUCUUGGCUGCGCCUUGAGCAACUCUUACACGUCUAUCGUGCUCUCCAAACUUCCCACGAACAUCCAUCACUCGAUGCACGCACGCUAAGCAUGGACCAGUUCUCUCAUUUUCUCCGACGUUUUCACAUAAAACCAUACACAUCUAUACACCUCAAAGAAGCAGAUCACCGAAAUAUAAUCGUCUAAUCGUUUAUCCACUAGGUAUUCUACUGUUUGCCACUGGGAUUUUGAUAAACCAAUCCCUGUAAACGAGAAAGGAAAGCCAUUCGGCAAGAUCGUAUGGCGAACAAAUCAGCAACUUGGAAUUGGACGGGCAAAUUUUCCUGUCGACAAAUUCAACUGUACUGCUGUAGUGGCGCGAUACAGACCUUAUCUCAAUCAGCAAAAUUACAUUGAAAAUGUUCCAAAGGGGAAAUUUGUUCCAACUGGCUGUCGCUAUAUAAAUGCGGUGGACAAUGACCAAUUUAUUGUGAAUCCUGAACCUGGAGAUGGUUGCCAAAAGAUUUCUGGAUUCAAAGGACAAAUGCUACAUGAAAGCUCCUCCUGCACAAUAAAAAAGUUAUUCGCAAUUUUUGGAGCUUCAGUGAGAAGAGGGAAACAAGGAUUUAGUGUUGUUUUAUAAGAGCAAGGAAUUUUUUUUAGGUUU